UCUCUUUCUCUCUCUCUCUCUCCAAGACUUUCUCUCUCUAAACUCAAAACUCAAUCGAUCUCUCCACAAUCAAACCAUUCCCAAAAACCAUCUCUCUCAUACAAUUCCCAUAACCUUCGAAAAAAAAAGGCCUCUCUCUCUCUCUCUAUGUAUAUAGAACACAUGAUUCAGUGAAAUUGUUGAUUCUUGGACAGAGAGAAGAUAGUAAAAAAGAAAAAAAAAGAAGAAGAUCAAGACUAUGGUCUGGGGAUUAUAAUAGAGCUUGCCUUUUGAUUUGAAUUUGAUCUGGACAAUUGCACGAGCCAAAAAGCUGCAGGCAGUUACGUGGGUUUUUUGGGAAAACCAAAAAUACUUUUACGGUCUACACCAACUCAGGAUUGAGGAUAUUAGUAUCCUGGUUUCCUUGGCUAACCCCAAUAAUCUGAGUCAACCAGAUAAUUUUUCUGUAAAGUUGGAGAAGAAGCUUUAUGAAGAUGCAGCAACCAAGUCAGAUUUUAUGUCCAGAAUAUGUCAGAAGAUAAUGCCAAUGGAAAGCUUGUAUUAUCAUGGUAGCAGCGCUGCUUCGUCAAGUUCAGAUCUGGUUCAGACUACCAGAACAGAAACUGCUGGUCAUGGUUCCAGCUUGCAAAAUAUGUCUGCAUAUUCUCAUGAGCCUGUUGGCAAUCUAGUUGGACCAAGUACACAGUCAAGUAUCUUUGCCAAUAUACAUAGGGAGUCACCCAGGAGUCAGCCAUUACAACAGGUUGUUCCCCAGCUCCAACACCAGCAGUUGCGGCAGCAGCUCUUUAAACAGAAGGUCCAGCAACCACAUAUUCAGCCCUCGCUAAUGCAACCAAACAUCCAAUAUAGUCAUCAUGAACAACAAGACCAGCAAAUAUUAUCAUUGCCAAUCGAGCUUCAAUAUUCUCAGCAGCCGAUGUUUACAACGGUUCAGGACCAACAGCAAACUGGGCAGCGCCAAAAUGCAACAAUAUUACAACAGAAUCAUCAUGUUGGACUGCUAGAGAAGAAGCAGCAACUGCCAUCAUAUCAGCAGAACAUGUCAACCCCAUUCAAUCAGUCAUUGGGGCUACAAAGUAAUGUUUCUGGAUUGCAGCAGCAGAAGCAAUUCAUUGGAGCACGAUCAGACAUGUUGAAGAGGCAGCCACAUCAGCAUGCAUUGAACGUUCUUCAACAACCUGAGGUUGCAGCACCACAGCAAAGUGUCCAUCAAACAACACAGCCAAUGCAGUUGCAUCAGCUAAUGGGUCUACAAGAUCAAAGAAAUUCAUUACAGGAAAGCAUGCAGAAAAGGCAUCAUAAUUCGGUGGCUUUGCUCCCUCAGAAUGGUUUUAUUGAUCAACAGAAGCAAACAGAACAGUCUCAAAGGGUGCUUCCUCAAGCCUCAUCAGCAUCACUUGACUCCACAUGUCAGAUUGAAUGUGCAGCUUUGGCUGAUUGGCAUGAUCAGGGGUAUCGCGAGCUUGAAUCCGUAAGGGAUAUGUACUUAACUGAAGUGAUUAGGUUCUACAAGAGAAUCCGUGAAUUGUGUCUUCAGCCACCCAGUGCAGAGUUAGCUACAAAAUACGAGAAAACUAGAAUCUUUAUGGAGAAAACAAUUAAGUUCUUGGAAAUGCCCAGAGCUGAUAUUGUUCGUUGCUCCAAGGAUAAAUUUUAUCAUUACCUGAAGCUGAUCAUAUCUUAUGUUAAUUCAUUUCGCAACAAGAACACUGUUCCUUCACAGCAGUAUGGGCAACAACUGCAACAUGGCAGUCAGUCUCAAAUACCUCAGCUGCAGCAACAAAUAAACAUGAAGCUUCAGUUUCAUUCGAUGAGUCCAGGAUUGACAGGUGCACCCUCUGGUUCACCUCAAUUAGCAAUGCAGCAACGGAUUCCCAAUUCACAAGCAAACAAGAUAAAUUUACUCCAUAAUGGCUCUUUAACUGGUUCAGAACCGAAAAAUGCUUGGAGCCCAUUACAGCAUGGUUCUACACACCAGAAUAUUGUGAGCAGGCCACAGCAGACCAACAUAAUAAAUGCACUGCAUAGUGGUUCUUUAAAUGGUAUGGAGCAAAGAAGUGCAUCAGGUCCUUUGCGACAUGGUGCUGUAAGAUCUUUGUUCCCAAAUAUGAUGAGCACAGUACAACAGACUAACUUUUCUCACAUGACCACUGUGAAUGCAUUAGAUCCUACCACGAGUUCCCUUCCAUCAAGUUCUACUAACCCAUUCCUGAACCUGAAGCAAGAACAUAAGCAUCAAACAAUGCAGGCACAAACACUACAGCAACCAAUGCAACAGCCAUUGAUUGAGCAAAAGAAACAGCUGAAGUUCAUGCAGAAGAUUUAUGAAGUUAAUGAGCCAAAGGUGGGUCGAGUAAUAGGUUUUAGCUCUGGAGUGCCUCAGCAGUAUCACUCAGUUGGCCAACAGAUGGAAUAUUCUCCACAAUAUUUUCUGCCAUCUACUCCUCAUAUGAACGUUGGUUCUCCUCAAACCUCUCAACAUUCUUCUCCACACAUUGACCAAAAAAAUUUGUUGUCACCUCUAUCUAGAGCCGGGACACCUUUGCAAUCUGCUGCUUCGCCAUUUGUUGUUCCUUCUCCAUCAACUCCUUUAACACCAUCUUCUUUACCACUGGAUCCUGAGAUACACUCUUCCGGCAUUUCUCCUCUCUCAGUUGCAGAAAAUACUGAACACCCUCAAACCCCAGUUGGGGUAGCUGAAAUCCAAUCCCAAGCCACAAUCCAAAACCAAUUCCUUGCCAUUGGUACACCCGAGAUAUCAGUCUCCCCCUUGCUUGCAGAGUUCAAUGGUCCAGAAGACAAUCACGAAACAAAUGCCAAGGAAUUGUCAUUUAAGUGCUUACUUGAAGCGGUCAAAUCAGUAUCACCCAAAGCAUUGAGUACCUCUGUACGGGACAUUGGCUUGGUCAUCAAUACAAUUGACAGGAUAGCAGGAACAACAACCUAUGAUGAAUUUGGAGUUGCUAUUAGUGAUGAUUUGGCGGCUAACAUAAGUCAUUGUUUACAAGGAAGGAACUUCAGCUUGGAUUGUGAAGGCACUUCAUCAAAAAGGAAACGUCACAUAAGCACAACUGCAUCAGAUUUCUUAUCACUGCCUCUUAAUGAAAAUGAUGGUCUCGAACGGUUAUGUUGUCAGACACCGGACGUGGUCUCAAAUGCAACAUCUAGGAUCAAGAGGCCCAGGAUUGAGCUCAAUGAUGCACUGUUGGAUGAAAUCAAGGAGAUAAACCAGAAACUUGUGGAGACUGUAAUAGAUGUGAUUUCAGAUUCCACUGAAUAUGCUGCCAAAGGUGGCUUUGGUGAAGGAACCAUUGUCAGGUGCUCAUAUAGUGCUCUAGGUCUUGGUGGAAAUUUCAAGCAACAGUACUCUUCAUCAAGAAUGUUGUCAAUACUCCCUGUUCAACUGCUUGUUCCUGCAGAUUAUCCAAAUUCUUCACCUAUAUUAGUCAAUACAUCGCCUAUUGGCAAGAGAGAUGCUAAAGAAUUGGAAAAUCUGUCAGAGAGGGCAAGGUUAAGGUUCAGUUUAUCACUUUGCGAGCUUUCGCAGCCCAUGUCACUUGGAGAGAUGGCAAGGACUUGGGAUGUUUGUGCUCGCACAGUUCUUUCUGAGUUCGCACAGAGCAUGGGAGGAGGCUCCUUCAGUACAACAUAUGGCACAUGGGAGAACUGCAUAACUGCUUCGUAAACUUGGGGCAUUGACAUCUGUAAUCUUUCGCAACCAAUGUCACUUGGAACGGUAAUGUUAUAUAAACAGAAUUUCUAUACAAAGAUUAUAUAUAGAAUGAUGUGGCUCAAUUAUAGCGUUCAUUGGAAAUCAAAAUGCCCACCACUAUAAGUUAUAAUUACAUAAAUGUCAUUGACAUACAUAUUGUUCUGUAUGACCUUUUUGUAUGAAAUGUAUGUUUAGAAUUUUUCCACUUGGAAAGGUGGCUGACAACUUGGGAUGUUUGUGCUCAGAAGUUUGCUCCAAAUUUGGCGAAGUAUUAGGAGGAUGCUGUAGUUCAAGAUAUGGUUUGCAGGAAAAUUGCGUAACUGCCGUUUGGCCAACUGCUGUUUGACCAUCUUGAAUGCCAACUUUGGUGAAGGUAAUAAAAGUAAUGAAUAGAAAAAGGGGAAACUAUGUCUAGUCUAAGUUGCUGGAAGCUUAGGUAGAGUUUGCUGAUUUUAGGUAGAUAGUGAGGGGUGAGUCAUAACGCAGAGAUAGCAAGAGUUUGUACAUAUGAUCUUAGUUCUUCAAAUAUGGAUAGUUUUUGGGCAAUGCCAUUAAUAAAAUAUAUACUGGGUAAUUUUGAUGUUCUUUGAAAUUGCCCCUCACCUCUUCUCCCCUCCCCUAUUUAUCUCUCUCAGAAUUGGUCAAUUUUAAAGGGUAAUUGCAAAUUAGUGGGACUUGUUAAAAAUAAUUGUAAAAAUAUAAAGUUACAAGUUGGUCUGUGUAAUGAUGCAGCUGAAAAUUGUGACUGCAUUUUUUUUGGAGCUUAGAUUCCACUUG